AUGGCAGCGGAGGGAGAUGUCGAUUUGGACCUCGAAGCCGAGGAAAACUGCACUGGGAAGCCCGUGGAAAAGCCGAGGAAACAUGACAGCGGGGCCGCUGAUUUGGAGAGAGUCACGGACUACGCCGAGGAGAAGGAAAUCUCCAGCUCCGACUUGGAAACGGCCAUGUCUGUGAUUGGAGACCGGCGGUCCAGAGAACAGAAAGCCAAACAGGAGAGCCUGAGGGAGCACAUGGGCAACGUGGUGGAGGCCUUGGUGGCGCUGACCAACUGA